AUGUCUGAAAGGCUGAGGCCAGAUCUGCUCCUGACCCAGAGGAGGACAUUCCUUUUGGACCACUCUGGGUCCUUCAUAGAACCUGUGGUCCAGAGGAUCUGGCUGAGGGAUGAAGAAUCUUUUCAUUGCAUAAAUGCAUCUCGCUUUUUGCUUGGCAGCUAUGGGAUAUGGCCCUACCGGACCUUCAAGAAGCUGGGAAUUCCCGGUCCACGGCCUCUGCCCUUUCUGGGAACUUUCCUGGAGUACCGGCACGGAGUCCACCAUUUUGAUCAGGUGUGCUUUGAAAAGUAUGGAAAAAUCUGGGGGUUUUAUGAUGGCAGGCAGCCUGUGCUGGCUGUUUUGGACCCCAUCCUCAUCAAAAACAUCCUGGUGAAAGAGUGCUACUCCAUUUUUACCAAUCGCCGGAACUUUGGUCUGAACGGGCUCUUGGAGUCGGCCCUCAACGUGGCUGCAGAUGAGCAGUGGAAGAGGAUUCGUACAGUGCUGUCUCCAACCUUCACCAGUGGGAAGCUGAAGGAGAUGUUCCAUAUCAUUAAUCACUAUGGUGAAAAAUUAGUGAAAAACAUUGAGAAGAAAGUGGCUAAUGAUGAAUUCGUGACCGCAAAGGACAUUUUUGGAGCCUACAGCAUGGAUGUGGUGGCCAGCACUUCUUUCAGUGUCAAUGUUGACUCCAUGGGCAACCCCAAUGACCCCUUUGUCACCAACAUUAAGAAAUUUCUCGAGUUCAGUUUCCUGAGUCCUCUGUUCAUGCUCUUAGUGUUGUUCCCCUUUGUUAUCCCUGUGCUGGAAAAGAUGAAGGUGACUCUGUUACCCUCAGACGUCAUGAACUUCUUUAAGGAUGUCUUCAUAAAAAUGAAGAAGGAACGGGAAAAGGGCAGCAGCACGGACCGGGUUGAUUUCCUGCAGCUCAUGAUUGAAUCCCAGAACUCGCAGGAUGGCUCCAAGUCUGCUGAGGCCGACUGGGACAAAACAUUAAGUGAUGAAGAGAUUCUGGCCCAGGCUCUUAUCUUUGUCUUUGCUGGUUAUGAGACCACCAGCUCCACCCUCAGCUACAUAGCCUACAACCUGGCCAUCCACCCUGACGUGCAGCAGCGGCUCCAGGAUGAAGUGGAUGCAUACCUGCCCAACAAGGCCACUCCCACGUACGACGCCAUCACACAGAUGGAGUACCUCGACAUGGUGGUGAACGAAUCCAUCCGGCUCUACCCCGCUGGGGGCCGACUCGAGAGGGUCUGCAAGCAGACGGUGGAGAUCAGUGGUGUGACUAUUCCAAAGGACGUGGUGGUCAUGAUCCCAGCCUUUGUGCUGCACCGUGACCCGCAGUACUGGCCAGAUCCCGAUGAGUUCAGGCCUGAGAGGUUCAGUAAAGAGAACAAAGAGAGUCUUGACCCCUACACCUUCCUGCCAUUCGGGGCUGGCCCCAGGAACUGCAUAGGAAUGAGGUUUGCUCUCCUUGUUGUAAAAGUGGCUGUGGUCGUCCUGUUGCAAAACUUCUUCUUCAGAACCUGCAGAGACACACCGAUCCCACUGGUUCUGGACUCGAAAGGUUUCAUGCAGCCAAAGAAGCCCAUCGUCCUGAAGAUGGUCCCCAGAGGCCAGGCUGACCUGAAGAAGUGAAAGAGGCAGGAAAAGAGCAAGAAGCACUUACUUGAUGGUGUCUCCUCUAACUCUUGAGAGGAGCCCAGGCUGAUGUGUGCUCUGCAGGAAUGUCAGAGGUGCUGUCCCCCAUUUCACAGGGGUUUGGCCCAGCAUAAUUACUUGAGCAUUAUCCUAAUGAACAUGAGCCCCAGGCCCCGCUACCCCCAAUCACAAUACGCAUUUUGCAAGACCCUUUGCACUUGAGUUAUUUGGGCAUUUUUUUUCUCUCUCUCUGAAGAGGCACUUUCCUAAGCAAUUUGAUUCCAGACACUGUCAGUCUCUUCUGGCAGUGUAAUUUAAAUCAAGAUAGGGAGAACAAAUUGCACAUAGUUAAGUAAUGCUGCCAUUGCUCCUGUUCCCACUGCCUGCUGGGUAACUCUGUGUGUCUUCUGGUUUUAUUCUCUUGGGAAUGCAGAAUUGUCCAGGGCUAUUUCCUCAGCUCUGUGCUAUGACCCUGACAAGUGUUAAAAUGGUCACAUCCUUGCAGAACUGAAUGCCUGCAGCAAAAUUUCUGAUGCUGAUUUAUUUAGAUUUUUGUAUGAUUUUAGAUGGCUUUUGUGUGAUUUCAAGUGCAGAUGAUUUAACUGGAGGAGCCCAGAGAGAAGCAGUUACCCCUGAUGUCUAGAGAUUGGCAGAGUGGGAGAGGAGUGUCCCACAUGUGUUUCCUGAUUGUUUGCUUAUUGUACCCUGGGCAUGCAGCCAUCACCCAUGGAAAGGAUUGUCAACACAGGCACUGUCCAUACUGUUAUCAUGACAUCUUUUACUCUGGUUUAUAUCAGGCCAUUGUAAGACCAACUUAACUGAAUUAAUAAUGAUGCAGGGUGCAGCACCGAGAGCCAGACUUUGUCUCCUUUUAUGGAUUCUAAAAGACCUGUAUGCUGACAUUUGGUAUUAUUCCUCCAGAAACUGCAAUAAAAAGCUCACUUACCUCUUCUGUAA